UUCGCGAGCGCCGGCAUGGACCGCAACCCGUCGCCGCCGCCGCCCGGCUGUGAUCGCGAGGCCGGGGAGGACCUGGCCGGGGGCGACUGCAUCGGGAGCACGGUCUACAGCAAGCACUGGCUCUUCGGCGUCCUCGGCGGGCUCAUCCAGAUUGUCACACCUGAAAGUGCCACAUCCGACUCAGACGAUGAGGAACAGGUGGAGCUUGCUGAAGAAAUGGAGAAUGAAAUUUGCAGAGUCUGGGAUAUGUCCAUGGAUGAGGAUGUGGCCUUAUUUCUCCAAGAAUUUAAGGCUCCUGACAUUUUCAUGGGUGUGCUGGCCAAAUCCAGGUGCCCCCGAUUGAGAGAGAUCUGUGUGGGAAUUUUAGGGAAUAUGGCUUGUUUCCAGGAGAUAUGCGUGUCCAUCAGCAACUGUGAGGAUCGUGGGCAGGUGCUGCUGCAGUGUUUGUGUGACUCGGACCCGCCCACUCUGCUGGAAACCAGCAGGUUGUUGCUCACCUGCCUUUCCCAGGCAGAAGUGGCCAGCAUCUGGGUUCGAAGGGUCCGGGAACACCCAUCUGUGUACGCUAGCAUUUGCUUCAUCAUGUCAAGUUCAACAAAUGUUGAGCUGCUGGUGAAGGUCGGGGAGGUCGUGGACAAGCUCUUCGACUUGGAUGAGAAACUCAUGCUGGAGUGGAUUAGGAACGGGGCCUCCCAGCUUCCGGACCGACCCCAGGAGGACACUGAGGAGCAGCCAGUGUUUUCAAUUGUACCCUGUGUGCUGGAAGCUGCCAAGCAAGUACGUUCUGAAAACCUGGAAGGGCUGGAUGUUUACAUGCACAUCUUACAGCUGCUUACCACUGUGGACGAUGGAAUUCAAGCAAUUGUACAGAGUCCUGAUACUGGGAAAGACACGUGGAAUUUACUCUAUGACCUGGUGUGCCAUGAAUUCUGCCAACCUGAUGACCCGCCCAUCACACUGCAGGAGCAGAAAACAGUGCUGGCCUCCAUCUUCUCAGUGCUGUCUGCCAUCAGUGCCUCACGGGCAGAGCAGGAGCACCUGAAGAUAGAAGGGGAUCUUCCUCUAAUCGACAGCCUAAUUCGGGUGUUACAAAAUAUGGAGCAGUGUCGGAAGAAAUCUGAGAACUCCCCGGAGUCUGACACAGAAGAGCCUACAAACUGUGGUUCCCCACAAGACGACUUCCAUAUGAAGAUCUUACAGGACAUUUCAUGUGAAUUCCUCUCUAAUAUUUUUCAGGCGUUAACAAAGGAAACCAUGGCUAAGGGACUGAAGGAGGGCCAGUUAAGCAAACAGAAGUGUUCCUGUGCGUUUCAGAGCCUCCUGCCCCUCUACAGCCCUGUGGUGGAAGACUUCAUUAAGAUCCUGCGGGAGGUGGAUAAGGCUCUUGCUGAGGAGCUGGAAGACAGCUUCCCAAGUGUGAAGGCACAGACUUAAGACCCAAGUUGGAGUUUCUGCUGUCCAGGGAAUAAAAUUUGUGUUUCUAUGGUUUGAA